UCUUGGUCUUUGAGAUACUGCUCAGCAUCCUUAGCCUUAAUCCUAUCACUCAGCAUCAUGUGAUGUAGAUCUAGAUCAACUAGCCAGUGAAAACAGGCCUUAUCAGUCAUACGUGGAACGUAGACGUGUAACACAACAAUAAAGAACCUUAAAAUACCCAAAAAACAACGAUUGCCAUGCCUGAAUUGCACUCUGAUAAAGUCCAUGAUGUGGCUACAUCAUCCAACUUCAAACAAGUGAAGACCAAACACCUGCAUUUGGACUUUAAAGUGGAUUUUGAUCAAAAAAUUAUCAAAGGUUUAGAGAAAAUCACUUUGGAAAGUCUAACAGAAGAUUUGAAAUUAGUUAUUCUUGAUGUUCAUGAAACUUUAAGUGUUGCCAAUGUGAAAGCCAGUGAAAUUGGAGCUGAGUUACCAUUUGAAUUGAAAAAGUUUACUUCUUAUGGCAAAAGUUUACAUAUUACGCUGGAUGAGCCUAAACAAAAGGGAGUUGCAUUUGAUUUAUUCAUUGACUUUGUAUCUGGCAAAGGGCCAUCACUCUGUUGGCUUGAACCCCAACAAACAGCAGACAAAAAGCAACCGUUCCUGUAUAGCCAAGGCCAGUCAGUACUCAACAGGUCCUUCUUCCCAUGCCAAGACACCCCAGCUGUCAAAGCUACCUACUCCGCCUUCGUUAGCGUCCCUGACCAGUUGACCGCUGUUAUGAGUGCCAAUCACAGAAGUUUUGGGGAGAAGGCCAACAAAGACAACCAGAAAAACUGCUUUUACUUUGAGCAAACAGUUCCCAUCCCAUCGUAUCUGAUAGCUCUGGCAGUUGGGGAUUUAAAGUCUGCUGAGAUUGGCCCCAGAAGUUGUGUGUGGGCAGAACCUAGUAUUCUGGAGAAAGCCCGAGCUGAGUUUGAUGGUGAUGUGGAAAAGUUCAUCACAACAGGGGAGCAACUAUUUGGUGACUAUAUCUGGGGGCGCUAUGAUAUCCUGGUUAUGCCCCCUUCUUUUCCUUACGGUGGAAUGGAGAAUCCUUGUUUGACUUUUGUCACUCCAUGCCUUAUAGUGGGAGACAAAUCUUUGGUCGAUGUCGUCAUUCAUGAGAUUACGCACAGCUGGUUUGGUAAUCUUGUAACAAAUGCCAACUGGAGCGAAUUCUGGUUGAAUGAGGGUUUCACCAUGUUUGGCCAAAGAAGAAUUGAGGAGAUUUUGUUUGGGAAGGCACGCAUGUGUCUGGAGGCCAUCACUGGCAGAACUCUUCUGGAGAAACACAUAGAGCAUGAAGGGCAGGAUCACCCACUGACCAGACUUCGUGUAGUGAUUGGUGAGGACGUUGACCCUGAUGACACCUACAAUGAAACUCCUUACGAGAAAGGUUUUGCUUUUGUUUGCUACAUGCGGAGUCUGGUUGGAGACGACAACAAAUUUGACCAGUUUCUUAAAAGUUAUGUCAACCACUUCAAGUUCCAGAGUGUUGUAGCCGAGGACUUGUUUGAUUUCUACCUGGACUACUUCCCCCAGCUGAAGACAGACCAGGUGCAUGAAAGGCCAGGUUUUGAGUUUGACAAAACUUGGCUCCAGGGCACCGGCCUGCCACCAUUUACACCUGAUCUCUCAGCCAGGAGGGAGCUGACAGACGAAGCUGAGCAGGUAGCUGAUCAAAUCAUCGCUGGUCAACUACAGGGUCUGCCCACUGAGAUUGAGGAUUGGGGCGCCUAUAAGACCAUGUACCUACUGGAUCUACUGGCCACAAGCUCACCCCUGCCCAAAGAGAGCAUCAAGCAUAUCCUGGAGAAGUACUCAUUCCUGUCUCUAUCACAGAAUGCAGAGAUACGACUUCGUUGGUGUGAGCUGGUCAUCAAAAAUAAUAUCAGAGAAAAGUUUGAGGAUGUGAGGAAGUUUCUACACAGCCAAGGCAAACAAAAAUACACGCUGCCCAUCUAUAAGGAUAUGAUGAAGGGUUCUGAGGAAAUUAAAAAACUGGCCACAGAAUAUUUGGAGGAGACAAAAAAUUUUCUGCAUGUCAAUGUCAGAGAGAGAGUAGAGGAUAUCAUUCAGAAGGGGAGCUAACUUGGUAGUUACAACAUACAGAAGGGGAGCUAACUUGGUAGUUACAACAUACAGAAGGGGAGCUAACUUGGUAGUUACAACAUACAGAAGGGGAGCUAACUUGGUUUUUAGUUACAACAUGCAGAUUUUUUAUUUUGAAGGGGAGUUAACUUGGUUUUUAGUUACAACAUACAGAUUUUUUUUAAAUACAGAAGGGGAGCUAACUUGGUUUUAAUCACAUCAUCUAGAAAGGGAAUUAAUUUUUUUUGCUUUAUCACUGAACCUUUUUACUGUUGGAGCAAUAUUUUAUUUCCAAUUACUGUGAUUACAAAUAAGGUCGUUAUAGGUGCUCUACACUAUCCAUUCCAAUGCUAUCCUUAUAAAUAAACUGGUUUAUAGUUUGCUAAUCAGUGAUAAAAAUGAGUUUGAUCAAAAUUAGAAUUUACCUAUUUAAAAAUGUUUUUGUUAAGUGUUCAUAUUACAAUUCAUAUUUUUACAGUGAUUAUAAGUUUAAGUCUUGUGUUCAGCUUUCAAAUGUUCUUUUAACUUUUUAUUGUUCAAAAGUUAUUUUAUUUUGUCUAAAAGUUAUUUCACUUUAUAUUGUUCAAAACUUAUUUGACUUUAUAUUGUUCAAAAGUUGUUUUAUUUUGUCUAAAAGUUAUUUCACUUUAUAUUGUUCAAAACUUAUUUGACUUUAUAUUGUUCAAAAGUUAUUUUAUUUUGUCUAAAAGUUAUUUCACUUUAUAUUGUUCAAAACUUAUUUGACUUUAUAUUGUUAUUUUCAUUUAGCUUUAAUUUCAGUGAAGUUUUUUAUUUUAUUUUUUGUUUCAAGCAUUUAUUUAAUGAGGUUUUUUUUCAAGAAAUUAGUAAAAUUGUUAUUUAAUCUUAAUAGAAUUGUUAUUUAAUCUUAAUAAAAUUGUUAUUUAAUCUUAAUUAAAUUUUUAAUUAAUCUUAAUAAAAUUGAUAUUUAAUAUUAAUAAA